AUGCGCUGUUCGAAAGAGAUCCCCUGCUCGAACUGCAUGAAGCGCGGCAUAGCUUCUGAAUGCCACAGGGAACCAGUUCUUCUCACCAAACAAAAGCGCUUGAACAAUCCUGCCAGUAAUGAGAGACAAUUCUACCAUGAUAGGCCGACCUCGCCGGUGACAGCGAAUCACCUCAACACCGCUGAGCGUGUUUCUACUCCUACCUCGACGGAUUCCCCCGAUGCUGUAACGCACUCUUCCCCCAGAGACCACCGUCGAGAUCCAGGUUCAGAAACCUUUGGAGUCCUCGAGAGCUUGGCUUGGGGAAGAUAUAGCAACACUCCUCAAUCCACGAAUUCGAGACGUCCUGCGAGAUAUGGCACCAGUGAAGACUGCCCAAAUCUCCUCCCUCUUCAGCAGGAGGAUGCAAUACUUGCCUUCCAUAAGAACGAGAUUGCAUGGAUGCACAACGUUAUUCACAUGCCCACUUUCAUGGCUGAAUGGGCAGAAAGGAGACAGCAACCAAGAGAUCGAUGGACCGCCAUGGAUGCCUUGUACUUUGCAUUGAUGGCCACUGGAUUGUACUAUAUGUCUUCAGAUCAACAUGGACAGAUUGGUAUUCGAGCCGGCUUCAAAUUAAGCGAGAAACUCUAUCGCAAAGCCGUAAUGAUCCUCGACCUCGUCGACUUCAUGGCAGAGCAUUCUGUAUACUCGCUCCAGGCCAUCUGUACUUUCUUGCCGUGUGCCUAUGGCUUCGGUGAUUACAAGCGUGCCCUGGUACUGCUGUCUGCUGCUACAAAUAUUGCCCAAUGUAUGCAACUCCACCGUAUUGACUCGGCCAACAAGUCUUCUGUCAUCAGCGCAACGGAUGAAACUCUGCAGCAGGAAAUCAAGAGGCGAAUUUGGUGUUUUCUGGUCAUCCAAGACACGUACUUGAUCGCGGCGAAAAAAACCUAUAAUAUUAUCUUGGAGCAUUGCACGACAAGCCUACCCGCUCAUAUCGAAGAGCCUACAAGUACGUCGACCAGUGAAAGACUGGAAGUGAUACCGCUAGAGAUUGUAACUCAAAACAGCUACAUACUCCUCCACUAUCAUCUUUCACGAGUCUUCCGGACUCUGCAUUCCCGAACAGGUCCCGCUCCCACAGAACGUCCCAGUUUGGACAGAUUAUACCAAAGAGUUCUGGAAGCUGAUGAACAGCUAACGGAAUUCAUGGAGCUCGCUCCUUCGUGGGUAAAACAAGACCAAAGCAACGGUGACGAUCCUGAUGCCAACCUUCCUUCCUUGAGCUCUAGAAUGGCGAACUCCCAGCGAAAAACAUUUCAAAUUGCCUUCCUACACAUGAGAUCGAAGAUACAUCAGCCGUUCUACUGUAGGGCUUUUACGGACAAACGGUUCUACUACUCGAAAGCAACGUGUCUGGACUCGGCUCGGACCUUGCUCAAAAUAUUCGCUGAGGCAGACCAAGCUCUCCCUGCAAUGUGGACAAUGACUUCCCAUGUUGUUUGUGCCUGUCUUACUAUCGGCAUCCACUUGCUGUUCCCGCAGCAUUCGACCAGAAUCAGUGGAUCAUGGGAAAGAUCAACCAUGGAAGCAGCGGACAGGGCGCUAGUGAACUCGUGCAUGACUAUUCUGGCUCAGUCUGAGCGGCCCUGCAGCGUUGCUAAACGAGGCGUAAAAAUGCUAGCCCAUCUUUUCAGUCAGCAACAACAGCAAAUACCCCCCAACAUGAUUAUAGACCGCGAGCGUGUCGAGAGUAUCCUUCAAGAAAACGAAACAUCGUCCUCAGAGGAGGAGGAGGAGGAGGAUCAAGAACGCCUGAGCAUAUCUGCUUUUGGUCACGAGCUAGACGAAGUGGUUGGCGGUUUUGAACUAUUCACCAACAGCCACGGGUACUGUCUGGAAGAUUUCGCUGCCACUUGA